UUUUACACUUUUAGUGAUAGAAAUGGUUUUAUUUUGUUUUUUAAUUAUGCCAUUGCCUAAACGUUUAAAACGUCGUCUUUUUACCUUUAUUUCUACGUCAUGGUUUAUAGCAAAGAUUCGUUAUGUUUCAAAGAUUAUAUUUAUCUUUAUUUUGGUAUUAUUUUUUGACUCAGUCAAUCGAGUCUUUCGUACAGUGGAAGAUGCUAAAGUGGGUACGUCUGGGUCAUUACGGGAUGCGUAUCGAAGUGAUAUGCAGGCAAGGAAGUUUUAUUCUCAAAGGAAUAUGUAUCUUUGUGGAUUUACGCUUUUUCUUAGUCUGAUUAUUGAUCGAGUCUACGCUUUAACACUACAAGUACUUAAGUAUGAAGAAUUAGUUAAUAGGUUGAAGACGCAGUCGGAUGAACAUGUUAAAUCGAAGGCAUUGGUGGAAGAAAUUACAGAGUUGAAGAAAAGAAUUGUUGAAAAGGAUAAAGAAUUUCAUGAACUUUCAGAAAGAUAUAGUAGGGAUACGAAGACGAAUGAAUCCAAAAAAAAUAUGUGAAUAUAUCUGUAUUUUUUAUAGUAUUAUAUUAGAUUGAAACAAUAG